ACAUCCCGCCUCCAUCCCUAGCUUGUGCGGGUUGUCGUCGUUGCUAAUACCUACUUCGGUGGACUGGAUAAGGGGGAUCGGGUGUGACCUGCCAACUUGAAACCCAUCCUGGUCUUUACUUAUACUCAUACUUACAUCUUACCAAUAUCUAAACUGAGGAGAUACACAGCUAAAUACCACUAACCAAGGCACCCUAGAUACCGAGACAUCUCCAACCCUCAGAUCCCGUCUUCCCAGGGGGGGCACCCAAGAGUCUUAAAUUCACCGAACGGGUACAUUCGUCAUCCCUUUCGCCCAGCUAGGGUACCUAGCCGGUGGAUUUGGCAGAGGAACAAAGAAGAAUAAAAAGAGAGGGUGAUCGGAAACGGGUAAAGAAGAAAUAAAACCCCAGAGUGCCAAGAAAGAAAAGGGCAAGGACAAAGAAAGUAGGUAGGGGAAAAUGGCCGGUUCCGAGAUCCCGAAGACGAUGCGCGCGCUGGUGGCGCCAAAGUACUGCUGGCCAGAGGACGGGUACGAGGUCGUCGAGCUGCCGACACCCCAGAUCCGGGACCCCAAGGAGCUGCUCUUCCGCGUGCACGCCGCCAGCAUCGCGACCGGUGAGACCCAGGUCGCCCGCGGCGCCGUGAGGUUCUUGCUUGGGAAGAGCAAGAUGCCCAUCCGCCUCGGCGUCGAGGGCGCGGGCGUCGUCGUCGCCGUGGGAGCCGAGGUGACCGCCUUCAAGCCGGGCGACGAGAUCUACACGUUCACGGUGACGCGCCCGAUGAACCUGGCGAGCGCGGGGGGCGUGUGCGCCGAGUACGCGGUGACGCGGGAGGCGCUGGCGAUCCGCAAGCCGGCGCACGUGCCCUUCGUCGACAUGUGCACGCUGGCGAACCUGGUGACGGUGGUGCAGGCGGCGGACCGGGCGCUCGAGGAGCUGCGGGCGAACGGCGUCGAGGGCGGGCUGCGCGGCAAGACGGUGUUCGUGGCGGGGGCGCUGGGCGCGCUGGGCGCGCCGGCCGCGCAGCUGCUCAAGCGCGAGCUCGGCGCCGGGCGCGUGGUCGCGUCGGUGUCGACGGCGAAGGUGCCGUUGGUCGAGGCGCUGCUGCCGGGCGUGGUGGACCGCGUGGUGGACUACACGCGCGUGCCGCGGCUCGCCGACGCGGUGCCGCGCGGCAGCGUCGACCUCGUCUUCAGCACGCAGUGGGGCCCCGAGGGCACGUUCGCGCUGGCGGACCGCGAGCGCGGCGUGGUGGCGUCGCUGGCGGGCGCGCCGCCGCCGGCGCUGCUGCGCGCGAUAUUGCCGCCGCUGCCGGCCCCCGUCUACUGGCUCGCCGCGCUGGCGCAGCUGUGGUACGCCUUCUGCCUGCGCGGCACGCGCGUGCGCUACUUCUUCCUGUCCGGCGAGCCCAGCGUGCGCGCCGACCUCGUCCGCGCCGUCGACCUGCUCGCCCGCGGCACCGUCAAGGCGCUCCACCGCGUCGUCCCGCUCGACGACAUCGUCGCCAUCCGCGCCGAGGCCCAGAAGGUGGCCACCGGCAAGGGCGGCAUCGGGAAGCUGGUUAUCCAGAUCGUGUGAUGACGGGCUGGGCGAGCCUGGAGGGGGGGAGGGGGGCAAGGGCCCAGCCAUGUUUACUAGGGGGUCUCACUCGGGUCGGCUUUGUUAUAUAGGCGUACCAUGUGUUCUCAGUUUGUUAUGGGUCGUAAUAUAAUUCUUGUCUAAUACGCGAAUUCGAAAACCACUGCAGGUUUCUGAGAGAAGACACACGUAGGAACGAAACGGGACGUCUCCCUUUCUAUUCAAGUAGCAGCUAUCCGAAUUAAUCCGCUAGAUAGAAUACAGACAGACUCGACGACGUAGCCCCCUUUCUGCCCCCUUUUCCUCGGCAGAUGGAAGGGAAGGGGGGCGCGAUUUCGCCGAGUCGG